AUGGAAGCAAAUACAAACAAAAAAAUUGAAGAGGUGGAGCAGGGCAACUUGACUCAGAAAUUGGAGCCAACUGACGCAGCCAGAAAGAAGGAGAAAAUGUGGGACAGGCAUGAACAGCUUAUUGCUGAUUUGAUGAACUACAUGACGGAGAAGAGGAGCAUCAACGCUCAGGCCCGAGAGUUGGAGAGCUCCAUCAGCACCUCAGUUAAACGGUUGAGACAAUUAGGCGGACAUGCAGGGCAGACAAGGCAAAUGUUGGUCACACCAGCAUCAUUACUUUUAGGGCGAACGCGGACGCUGUCUGAAUACACUGUGACCUCGAUGGACUCAGAGUUUGAGGAGAAGAACUCAGCUUUUUCUGACAACAGCAAGGUUUCCAGGAUGAAGAGGAAGUCGCGAGAAUCACCACCGACGGACACCAAGGACCCCAAGAAGAAGAAGAAAGAUGAGACGAAGGUUGCUCAGGUCCAGAGCAAGGAGAAGGACGCACCUGCAGCGUCGUCGAACUGGGAGAAGGUCAAGACCAGAAAGGAGAGGCAGCUGCAACGGUCAGAAAAGCCUAAUAAGAACGAGGAGAAGAAAAAGAAGCAAAGGGUACCGGUGACGAGGCCAAAUGCUCUGAUUGUACGCAUGAAGGACAAGCAGCAGUAUUCGGAGGUGCUCAAACGAGUGAAGGGGCAGAUAUCUUCCGAGCAGACUCGUGAGUGCGUUGACAAAGUUCGCAGAACGACCACGGGAGAUAUACUGAUCAUCCUUUCGAAGGAUAAGGAGAACGAAUCUGAUAGCUUACACAAGGCGAUAGCCGAGCUCCUUGGAAACGAGGCUGAUGUCCUCAGUAAAGGGCCACAGGAGGAUCUCGAGAUCAAAGAUCUCGACGAGCUGACGACGAAGGAAGAGGUGCUUGAAGCCCUGAAACUCGCAGCUGGGGUGGAUUGUCAAAUCCCCCCCGACGCGAUCAGGUCUUUGCGCAAGGCCUACGGAAGAACCCAGACUGCAUCCGUGACGGUGGCUGCAGCGGUCGCGAAGAAAGUCCUAGGCGAACGGGGCAAGAUUCGCAUAGGAUGGGUAAACUGCCGGAUCCGAAGGGUGGAGAGAUUGGUCAAGUGCUUCAAGUGCUGGCACUAUGGUCAUCUCGCCAUCAAGUGCAAGAGUGAAGUGGACCAGGCAAAACUCUGCACAAAGUGUGGAGAAGUCGGACACAAGACCGCCACCUGUGAGAAGGAAGCUCGUUGCUCACUAUGUGCUGAGAAAGACCAAACGAAGAACUGUGCUCAUAUUGCUGGUAGCGGCAAAUGCCCUGUAUUCAGGGAGGCACUCCAGAAGAUGAAGAGUAAACGGUAA